GGCGGCAGAACUACAUGCCGUGGCUGCUGGUUGCCGCAAUUGCCGUUGGAACGGUGGCCACCGUGCUCGCGGCGGUAUUUGUGGCGCACCGGGUCCGAGGUGGCCCGGGGAAGGUGGUGACCCAGCAGUGGAUUCCGCACCACGUGCUGCGCAUGUCCACUGGCAGCGCCGACAUACAGCCGCCUGGCGGCCGCGCCGGCGACGGCACCUCCGAGCCCAUUCGGAUCAAGGCCAAGGGCCUGCUGGAGCGGCGGUGCUCCAGCUCGUCGCUGACGAUCCAGCUGCAGCAGGCGGAGGAGGACGGCGAACCCAUCGUCAUCGGAUCCCCGGCCCGACAAUGCGAGGCGGCCGAGUACUUGGCGUCAGCCGGCAACCGCCUGUCUCGCCGCGAACUCCGGCUGACCGAGGAGAACGUGGCUGCCCUGCAGGCCGAGUUCUGGGACAUUCCCCUCAACUUCCCCGACAAGUGCGACAUCGUCGGCGCAUCCACCAAAAACCGAUACAAGACGGUCAUGCCGAACGAGCAUACGCGCGUCACACUGCCGGGAGUUAAUGAAGACCCGCUCAGCUCCUACAUCAACGCCAACUGGAUCCGGGCCAAGGGCCUGCUGGAGCGGCGGUGCUCCAGCUCGUCGCUGACGAUCCAGCUGCAGCAGGCGGAGGAGGACGGCGAACCCAUCGUCAUCGGAUCCCCGGCCCGACAAUGCGAGGCGGCCGAGUACUUGGCGUCAGCCGGCAACCGCCUGUCUCGCCGCGAACUCCGGCUGACCGAGGAGAACGUGGCUGCCCUGCAGGCCGAGUUCUGGGACAUUCCCCUCAACUUCCCCGACAAGUGCGACAUCGUCGGCGCAUCCACCAAAAACCGAUACAAGACGGUCAUGCCGAACGAGCAUACGCGCGUCACACUGCCGGGAGUUAAUGAAGACCCGCUCAGCUCCUACAUCAACGCCAACUGGAUCCGGGGCUACGACAACGAGGAACGCGCCUACAUCGCUACACAGGGGCCGCUGGCGCACACGCUGGAGGACUUCUGGCAGAUGGUGCUGUCGCGGCGCGCGCCGGCCGUCGUCAUGAUCACCAAGCUGCGCGAGAAUGGCAGGAUCAAGUGUGCCGGCUACCUGCCCGAGACGCGCCAGAAGGCCACCUUCGGCAAGAUCGAGGUCACCGUGAAGCGCAUCCUGCCCCGGAACGGCUACACACUGCGUCACAUCAGCGUCAAGCGUGGGAAGGAGCAGCUGCAGCUGCAGCACUUCUGGUUCACGGCCUGGCCGGACCACCGGACGCCAGAGGACUCGGAGCAGCUGCUCCAGAUGGCCGCGGAAGUGGAGGCGGCGCGCCGCGACUCGGAGGGCAACCCCACGGGGCCGGUGGUGGUGCACUGUAGCGCCGGCAUCGGCCGGACUGGCUGCUUCAUCGCCAUCUCGAUCGGCACCAGCCAGUUGAUGGAGGAGGGCGGGGUGGAUGUGCUCGGUAUCGUCUGCGGCAUGCGCCAGGGCAGGGGAGGCAUGGUCCAGACGGCCGAGCAGUACAUCUUCAUCCACCGGGCUCUACGCGACUUCGAGGCUUGCCUGCCGCCGCUGGACGCCUCGGACCGGCGAAUCAACUAGUCCCGCUGCUGGAUAGCCCAGGACGUGACCACGUCGCCGCCUGCUGGACGCCUCAGAGGGGCGGACCGCCGAGACCCCGAUGGACACCCCUGGGCUCUGGACUUACCAGAAUCCUGCGGCUCUCCAGACACAUGGACCAAAGCCAUCGUGAGUGGGACGAACAGCUCUGCCUCGACCGGUGCAGACGAGCGAGCCGACCGCAGGCGGUGCGGCGGAGGAGACGGGUUCGACACGGUCCAUUCGGUCCACUCAGCCGCACCAGCGACCGACCGGACGUACACGCCCCAUCAGACGCGGUCCACACGCCCGGAACAUCGCCCUUGAACGUGAGACGAGUCCUCGCCGGCUGGCCAACCUUACCAGCUGACAUCGUCACCGGCGUCAGCAGAAGACUGGAGCAGACCCAAGUACCGGGAGGCGGCCGGAGCGGGGUCACCGCCGCGGUCUGGGCCGCCCAUCUCGCGGCGGAGCGUGUCCCGAGACGGCAGCCAUC